AUGAGUGGCAAGUCGUCGCUGCACCCGAGCACGACGACUCUUAUUUCAUUUGCUUUUCCUGCAGUCAUAGCCAUUAUUGCUGCCCUGCAGCGCCGUGGAGAAAUUCAUAGAAAGUGCACAGAAUUGGAGAAAGAAGUUGCAUCCUUACGGAAGCAACUGAAGAACCAAACGAAGGAUUCGACGAAAGGACGGAAUGACAAUUCAACAAAGAAUCUAGAGGGCAGCACUAUAGUUGAUGAGCCUGGGGACAUCGAAAAUGGAGGAAUUCACGUGAAGAGAAUAGGGACAAUACGGUCGAUUUACCGAUUAUGUGUUGGAACUCCACGUCAAGGUCUACUGGCACCGAAUGCACGAGGAUGUAUUGAACUCGAGAAGCUUGGGGAUUCUUCCACUGAGAGUAGUGUCAGUGGUUUGGAAGGCUAUUCACAUAUCUGGAUCCUCUUUGUAUUUCACCUCAACACUAAGGCCAAAAACUCAAAGAGAAUCAAAUCAAAGAUCGCGCCACCGGCCCUCGGUGGUGAAAAAGUCGGAAUAUUUGCAACAAGGACUCCACAUCGUUUCAAUCCAAUUGGAAUUACUCUUUGCAAGUUGGAUAGAAUUGAAGUCAUCAAAGUUGGAAAGAGGGAAAAAGUAAAUCUGCAUAUAUCUGGCCUAGAUUUAGUUGAUGGCACCCCAGUCUUGGAUGUAAAGCCAUACGUCCCUGUCUACGACUCGGUUGCAUCUGAUGUUACACUGCCGCCUUGGGUUGCUGGGGGGCUUGCAACUAAGCGGAAGGUGACCUACAGUGAAUCAUCAAUCAGCGAGUUGACUUCCAUCCUGGAGCAAAACAACAAAGCGCUUCAGUUCUUUGGCCCCAAACACGGCGAGACAUCUGUUGAGGACACACUGGAGAGCAUACAAAACUGUAUAACGCAAGUACUCGCCAUUGAUGUGAGAAGCUCUUUUCAAACGAAAAAGGCCCGAGAAGGGAAGUUCCAAGCAGAGCGAUCAGCUCGGCUGAAAGACAUGCACAAAGAAAGCGAGAAGGGAUCAGCAGCCGUGUGCACCCAACAACUUGACAAUCUCCUCAUCAAAUAUACCGUAGACGAGCAAGCGAAUUUGGAACGCUCUACCUCGGAAGGUAGUGGCGCAGAAGAUACUGUGCAGGUUCUGUCGAUUCAGUUGUUAACGGCAAACUGA